GACAGAGACAGAAUUCAGCUGUGAAGCGGAAGCGGUGACUGUGAAAAAGAAGUUGCUCAGAGCACUUUAUGGCUCUCAUCAUUGGUGCUGAUGUGGAGGAUGAGCGGAGCGGGUGGGGCCUGGCAGGGAUCAGAGACAGGCUGCGCUCACUGGCCGCAGACUCCUCCAGCGUUUAGUUCUCCAGCUUAAAAACCAAACCGCAUGUGUGACCCCGGGUCGGCCUGCUGCUGGACCAAAGCUGCAGUCAUUUUCCAGGUCAGUCCCAGAUGGAUGCGGCGCUGUCCUAGAGGAGGAGGAGGAGGAGGAGGAGGAUAAAAAGCCUGCAGGCAUUUUCGCUCAGCCUCCAGCCCGGCUAGGCUACGAGAGGCAGGGGAGACAUGACUCUUUCUUUAUUAUAAGGACGACAUCUCCGCGGUUGGCAAUGUGAAGAGCCUUGUGAGUUUCAUUUCGUGAUCCUGUCAAAUAAUUAUGAACAACGCGCAAGAUAUGUCGCCCGAUUUCGUGUUGAUGCGCCUGGUGUCCGCAGCCGAGGAUGACCGCUUGGACGCAGAAAACGGCAACGUGCCGCCGGGAGGAGUGGAGGUAGGGCUGGGGAAGGAUGCCCUGGCUCACAGCGGCGUCAAAUCGGCUUUGGACAUCAGCCGAGAUCCGACGGCGGGCCUGGAGCACCGCGGCAGCCUCCCGAACAAAGGCCAGCCGAACAGCGAGACCACGGCUGCACCAGACGGCCGGGGCACGGAGGGCCGGGCCCCGCCGUCUCCCGCACCGCAGCCGCGGAGCUCCAUGGAGCCCCAGGGGUUUGACUUCGUCCCCAGCCCCGGCCUCCGACCGCAGCUGCUCGUCUUCUCCAAUAUAAUGCGCAACGGAGAGGGGAUUUUGGAUUUAGACCGUCUGAACACACCGAGGGAUGCGCUGGAACGGAGCCCGGACCCUGGCUGCUCCGGCUCAGCUGUUAAUAACAACACCCUGAGUCCCGGAGACGUUGAUCGGCACCAGGACCUGCUGGACCAGAGACCGUCCGCAGCGCAGCCUUCAGCCUCUCCAUCCGCGGAGAGUCUGGGAGCCGCCGGGCUGUGCCACCACCGGCAUCGAUUCAUCACCAGCCCCCACAACUGGCCCCUGUUGUCGGACACAUCCAGACCUCUUCAGGUAGGUGACUCCUGCAGGGACCAGGAGGAUGCCGUGUUUGAGCUGGCACGGCGGUUUGGUGGGCUAGGGGUUGGAGCGGUACCCAGGAUGCUGUUUAAAGGAGCCGAGCUGCCGCACUGCUCCUGUCAGGGUGGACAAGGGUCUGCAGAUGGACACCUAGAACCCAGGGAUGACCCGACAGAGACCAGCGAUGCUCUGUUGGUCCUGGAGGGACUGGGGAGUAGGGACAUUGAUGGCUUGGGUAUGGAGGAGGGCCCAGAGGAGGAGCUGGAUGAUGAAAAUGGACACAGUGAGUUUUUGCUGAGAAGAAAAAAGGAAAUAAUCCAGAAGAUGUCCGGGACUUUCUCUAUCAGCAGUUUCCAAGUGGAGCUGAGGACGCAGAUGGAGGAGAUGGGCGUGCCAGGAACCCAAGCAGUGGAUACAGGUCCGCAAGGUUCCAGUCAGGUUUCAACCAAGGUAUCGACACCUGUCCAGAACUCACAGUGGACCACUAGCCCAAACCCAAGCCAAGCUUCGACGCCCAGAAGAGCCAAGCGGUGCACCAGUGGCCCCCGGACCCCCACAUAUCGAGCUGCAGGUGGAGAGAAGACAUUCAAAGUUCCAGGGAAGUCCAAAAAGAACUCUUUAAAGACCCGACUGAGUAAACUGUUCCGGACUAAAAGCUGCAGCGGUUCUACUCACAUCCUGGACAAAAGGCCCUCUGUGUCUUAUUCAGUAUCCUCAGCCAUGAGCCUGGUGGACAUGGAAGGUGCAUCUGGAGCCGAGACGGAUGCUGACAGCCACAGGGAGCCCCGGCUGACCAGGGCCCACAGUGCCUUCUCCCCUGCAUCCCUCACUGCCUCCCUCUCUGCCUCCCUCUCCACCUUCACUGGUGAAACAGUGUCUCUGGUGGAUGUGGAUAUUUCUCUGCGAGGGACAAACACUCCUCACCCCCCAACUCCUCCACGCCGAAGUCUCAGUCUGCUAGAUGACAUAUCAGGGCCUCAGCCUGGGCCUUUCCUUGUCAGUAUUGUGGGUGCCUCCCUGCAGUCCCUCCCUCUGCCUCACCCUCCUCCUCCUCCUCCCUCCCACUCUACCAUCCAGCACAGUCUCAGCCUCAAUGAUGCCUUUUUCCGGGCCCUUCCUCAUUCGAACCCGUUGUUGUUGGAUGCUGUUCCACCAACAAGGCAGCCUGCUCCCCCUGUGCUGUGUGCUCUACGGCGAUCUGAAGCCAGCAACUUCACAGCCAGUUUGAGAGAGUUGGAAAAGUGCGGCUGGUACUGGGGUCCUAUGAACUGGGAAGAUGCAGAGGUGAAGCUGAAGGGGAAACUCGACGGGUCCUUUUUGGUCCGAGACAGUUCAGACCCCAGAUACAUCCUGAGCCUCAGCUUCAGAUCCCAGGGAGUCACACACCACACUCGCAUGGAGCACUAUCGAGGGACAUUCAGCUUGUGGUGUCACCCCAAGUUUGAAGACCGCUGCCAUUCUGUGGUAGAAUUCAUUGAGCGCGCUAUCAUGCAUUCCAAGAAUGGCAAAUUCCUCUACUUCCUGCGCUCCAGAGUCCCAGGGCUUCCACCAACUCCAGUUCAGCUGCUGUAUCCUGUAUCUCGCUUCAGCAACGUCAAAUCAUUACAACACCUCUGUCGCUUCUGUAUUCGGCAAAUAGUCCGCAUUGACCACAUCCAAGAGCUUCCACUGCCCAGAUCACUGAUCUCCUACCUUAGUAAGUUUUAUUACUAUGACCCUGAGGAAGAGAUGUAUCUAUCAAUCAAUAGUAUUCGGAGGGUGGUAGGAUCAGACCAGGAUGCCAACCCACAGACGUAGCAACAUACAUCUGCUAACCUCAAGUCUCUUAUGGCUACGAAGGACUUAUCUGUACUGGUCUACAGGUCUUCCAGCAGCAGUCCCUGGAAGAGUGCAUACGGUCUGGAACAGACUCUACUGUAAACAGCUCGUCACUUUCUGAAGAAGAAUUAUGGGACAAAACUUCAUUGUUACUGUUUCUAAAGCAGAGGACCUCAGUUGUGUCUGAAGAGGGAACAAAGAAAUGUUCUUAUCUAAAAAAAAAACAUGUUGACAGACAAUAAAAGAGCCUAUGUCAGCUCUUCUUUCCUGUUUCCUAAACCAGCCGGACUUUUUAAACAUGAUGCACUACUCAAUUUGUAUAACUGUCGUUAUGAAGUACAUCCAUGUUUUUCUUUCUAUUUUGUAAAAAGUCAGGAUAAUGGGUUUAGAGAUGUCUGGAGGGAAACACAACCAGAGGCAAGGCAAACCAGCAUCCGGCAAUGACAAGAAAACCUCAGACCUUUCUUUUUCAGUCAGCUAAGACAGACUCCUGUUUCAGAGAUCUUUCUUUAUUUUGCUGUCAGUCAAAAAUGAAAAAUAGAAAAUAGAAAUCCCUUCAACCUCAGUACUGCGUCAUCUGCCUUUGGUGUACGCCAUUUUAAUACCGUAGUUAUAAACCUACAAGGUUGCAAGCCAUCUAUGUAUUUUUAUUAUUUUGAGACUUAUUUGGUCCAGCAGGAUGUUUUUUAAACCAAAAAGCACUGCAGAAUGAUAAUUACAUUUGUGAAUGAGAGCAAACAGUGCAGUGGCAGCAGAUGGCCAGUACUCAAACGUCCUGUGUAACAUAUAAAUGGAAUGAUAAUUAGAAUAUGCAGCUCAUGUAAAAACAUGAUCAGAGUAAGGUCUGAAGUCAAUAAUCUGAAAAUGGUGGUAUAUGUAAUCAGAGCCACUCUGAUGGAACAGUAUUAGGUUAUCAGUCCCAUGUCACUCUCAAAACAGCUGUUGUGUCCAUGUUCCCGUCCAAAGGUUUGAUUUACUUGUAGAGUUUCAGGUUUUGUUCAGACAUGGUCAAAAGGUUUGACAGUGACAAACAUUUGUGUUUUGUGGGUUUAAUAUUUUUUGCUUUUUCAUGUUUUUAUUUGAUAUGGUGAAGAACAACUUUCAAUAUUUUAUACAUUUAAAAGACUUUUAUUAGGAACUAUAUCAAACUUUCACACUUUGAAACUACUAUACUUUGAACUACUUUGUCAGGAGUUUUACUUCACACUGAAAAAUACAAAACUCAUCCCCAAGGUGUUCCUGAUUUGUUGGAAGAGGAUCCUGAAAGAUGUUUGGAUUCCACUCUUUAUCCAUGGAAGUGUUCCCUUGUGACCUUCUUGGAGGAAAAGCUUCCCCAGACAUGGAUCCUAACAGGAUGUCUCACUGCUGGUACGACACAGGACUGUUCCUAUAUAUUUUUUUUGUCAGAGACAAUCAGAACGAGGAUUCAUUAGGGAAAACAGUCUUCUGAUGUAUACCCUUGUUCUUCCAGAAUUACAGGCUGUCUUUGAUGUUUUUCUCAGACAGAAGAAACUUCUUUGCUGCCUGUUUUGUCACAAGGCCAUUGUUUUAAAGACCUUGCCUUACAGUACAUAUGUUCAGAAGCUGUCACAUCCACCUGCUGUCGAGGCUGAAAGAGUGACGCUGCUCGCAAAAUGAUUCUUUAUCACACUCGCCAGGAGAUCGCCCCAGUGAAUCCUGGAUAAACCUUUUAAGACUUGAGCAAACUUGUUCCAUAAAAUGUGCAGAAUUUCUUCUCAUACACACCCAUGUAAUGCCCAGAAAAUCAGAGAACCUGAAAUUUAGCUAGACAAAAUAUCAAAACAAGGCCCUGGCACAGAUAGGCGAAAUCUCCGCUGGAGUGCGGCAAGGCUGAAGCUUGAGGCAGGUCCGUAAGGCAGGCUUUGGCUGGCACCGUGAGGAAGAUGAUGGCUGACCGAUCCGAUGAGCUAAUGUAGGAACCACCUCAUCUGUCUCGUUUUGACGAAGAGGAGAAGCAGUUCUACUCCUAACCUCCCCCUGAAUGUCUGUAGGCUACUCUUCACCUUAUCUCUACAGAUGAACCCAACCACUCUACAGGCCAACAACAAUGUGAAAGUUCCCCACAAAAAAAUGAAGUGCAAAUGUUUUUAAAGCAAAUAGUUUCACAGACAAAACGUAUAGAUAUGACAUUUGCAUAUUUUGUCUUUUCUCUUUUGCCUGACAUUUCCCAGAAUGCCUUUGCAUAAGAUCCAAUGACCCUAUAGAUGCAAUGUUAGGAAAGAACAAAUCUCUGAUCUGAUUUGCUUUUUUUCUUCUGAAACGUGAGGAUCUGAGGUUGCACUUGACCCUGAGUUUCUUCUCUGUUUUUGCCAUAAGGGGACAGGUUUACCUUCAUUUUAUUCAUUUUACUGCUGGUAACGUGUUCUUCACUGAAAAUCUAAGCUGCCAAAAUCAGAAAACCAAAACACAGAUAUCAAACAUUUAUAAAUGUUUCCCCACUUAAAGUUGAUUCUUCUUUUAAGAUUAAAGGUUGUUUGCUGAUGUAAAGCGAUUAAACACCAAAAUAAAUGUAAAGAAGUCUCCUUUAAUUUGGUCUUAGGGAGUUGAAAGUUUUACAUCGUAAACAUUGGUUUGUUUUUGUUUUUAUAUCAUGAUUUAUGUCUUCCAUACCUGUUCCUUGGCUGUUGGUUUUAUUUGCUGAAAUGCCCAACUGUAUUUCAUCCUGAAGCUGACCACUGGUUCGGGAUUUUGAGUAAAAUAUAAAGAAUA